UACAUGAUUCGCUCUCCUCGCCUUCCUUUCCCCACCACCGCGGGGCAGAAUCAGAAAUCCAUAAUCUGCCAGUGACUCAAAGCUAAUUUGAUCUUUGAAAUUGAAGAGCUUUUCGAUGGAGCCCCGGGUUGGAAAUAAGUUCCGGCUUGGCCGGAAAAUCGGCAGCGGUUCCUUCGGAGAGAUCUAUCUCGGGACUAAUGUUCAGACCAAUGAAGAGGUGGCGAUUAAGCUUGAAAAUGUAAAGACAAAGCACCCUCAAUUACUAUACGAGUCAAAGUUGUAUAAAUUACUACAAGGAGGAACUGGAAUCCCUAAUGUAAAAUGGUUUGGGGUAGAAGGGGACUAUAAUGUUCUUGUGAUUGAUUUACUGGGACCAAGUCUAGAAGAUCUAUUUAACUUCUGCAGUAGGAAGCUCUCUCUGAAGACAGUUCUUAUGCUUGCAGAUCAGAUGAUAAACCGGGUGGAAUUUGUUCAUACCAAAUCUUUCCUUCAUAGAGAUCUCAAGCCCGAUAACUUCCUUAUGGGGUUAGGAAGGCGUGCAAAUCAGGUCUAUAUUAUUGAUUUUGGGCUGGCUAAGAAGUACAGGGACUCGACAAAUCACCAACAUAUUCCAUAUAGAGAAAAUAAAAAUUUAACAGGAACAGCCAGAUAUGCAAGCACAAAUACUCACCUUGGUAUUGAACAAAGCAGGAGGGAUGAUUUGGAAUCACUUGGAUUUGUGCUCAUGUAUUUUUUACGAGGGAGUCUUCCUUGGCAAGGGUUAAAAGCUGGCAACAAGAAACAGAAGUAUGACAAGAUUAGUGAGAAGAAAGUUUCCACAUCUAUAGAGGCUCUGUGUAGGAGCUAUCCUGCUGAAUUUGCUUCUUAUUUUCAUUACUGCCGGUCACUUAGAUUUGAAGAUACUCCAGAUUAUUCUUAUCUUAAGAGAAUUUUCCGUGAACUUUUUAUUCGUGAAGGCUUUCAGUUCGAUUAUGUUUUUGACUGGACGAUCCUUAAAUACCAGCAAUCACAGCUUGCAAAUCCCCCUUCUCGUGCUCUUGGUGGCAGUGGAAUGAGUUCAGGAAUGCCCCGUGCUGUUGCUAAUAAUGUUGAUAGGCAAGCAGGUGGUGAUGAAGGUAAGCCUACUGGUAAUUUGGCACAUAGUAGAAGCACAAGUGCUGGGCUUAAACAGAAAGGUCCAACUAAUGACUCGGCCAUGGGUAAAAUGUUAUCCAGUUCGAGUUUUUUCCGAUUAGGUGGGUCGUCUAGGCAGCCCGGUCUGUCCAGCAGCCGUGAUCAAAUCUCUGCUGGGCCUGACCCUUCAUUUACCCGCCCGACAGAUGUGAACCCAGAUAUGCUACAUAAGAUGUCCAGCACCGCUGCACAGAAGAGCUCUUCCCUCGUGCCAUCUUCUGAUCACAAACGCAACUCCUCAACAAGUAAAACCAAUAUUAAAAAUUUCGAUUCUACCCUUAAAGGUAUAGAGGGCCUAAGUUUCAGCAACUAAGAAAAGAUAUUGCAACGCCACCCCACCAUUACAAUGUUUCCUUUUCUCGCAAUAUAUUUUCGUCAUUCGCCCGAGAACUGCUUUGAAGAAGUCAAGCUGUAAGGUGAAAGUACAGGGGCAUGAUGGUAACUCCAACAAGCACAGAAUAAAGAAUGUCAUCACGUUUCUAACACAAAAAACGAAGGUCCAUCAUCUACAUACUCCGUAUUAUUUGUGCUUUGAUCGCUCUAUGAACUAUUCCAUUUUUAUGUUGUUUCGUUUGGAUUCAAAGGCUAUCUAUACGUUAUGCCUUUUUUCUUUUGUAUCUUUUCUCAUAGUUUCCUUUUAUGGGAUGCCAGAAUGAGAGGCAUUAUUAUUACUAUUAUUAGUAUUAUAUCAUCAUCAUGUAAAUCCGUGAGAACAUAAAAAAGAGCAUUGUGAGGAAUAACAUACCUUUUUCCUGUUCUCUUGGCUUUGUGCAUAAUCCCUAAAGAAUCAGCAGCUUUGUAUAGGUCUUGUUUGGAUGACAGGUGGAUGUUUGCCUGAAAUUAGUUGUUUGCAGAUUGUGUUGUACUGUUAGAUAAUAAUAAUUUUAUAAUAUCAAAGUCAGACAUAAAGUCAUAAA